UCACACAUUCAACAGUGAACGGGCGGAGACGUCGAAUGACUGGAGCGUUUAGUGGGAUUUUCUGCCGUUAUUUCACUUAAUUAUUUUUUAAAUUAUUUUUUACUAACAAGAGCGUUUUUUUUUGUUGCUAAAGAAGUCAGUUUGGGUUAUUUCUAUUUUAAAAUGGAACGAGUUUCGGCCGUAGCAAUGGACUUAUUCCAGUGACCGAGGAAGAGGAAGGGAGACGGCUGGGAGACAGUUGAGCGGAUUUAAAAGAGGGAAUCACCGGUUAACAGAGACACCCGCUGGUCUGGGUAAUCACCGUGUCUGGAGCCUGUUUCUUAACGUCAGCUGCGUAGGGUUUUUUUUUCUUCUUUUUUUAAUUAUCACUGUUGUUUCCGGAGAGGAGUUUUAAUGCGAGCGGGUCCGCGUCGGGAAGUUUUCUCCGCAAAUGACGUGGAAUAGCACGAUGAGCAGCGGCUACAGCAGCUUGGAGGACGACUCCGAGGAGUACUUUUUCACGGCCAGGACCUCUUUCCUCAUAAAGCCUUCCGGGAAGCCCGCAGUCACCAAGGAUGUGGAGAAGGAGCGAGAGGUGCGGACGGAGUUCAGCAGGGAGGAGAUCCAGCAGAAGAUCAAGCGGUACAACUCUCUGACCAAAGACUGCCUUAAUAUGACUCUGAGCCCUACUGGCGUUUACACCGGUUUCGUCAAGGUCAUGAUGGAUCUGAGGAGGCCGGUGACUGUGCGAGACGGUCAGAGAGCCGCAGGAGGAGCCGUGAUGGGGGAGGCCUUUUAUCUACCGCGAGGAGUCAACAACACGCUCCACAUCAGCUCAGAAAACACAGUGAAACAGGUGAUCGUGGCGCUGCUGAACAAGUUCACGGUGGCAGACAACCCGGCCAAGUACGCGCUGUACAAGCGCUGCCGCAGGGACGAGCAGGUUUAUGUGUGCAAGCUGGCGGACGGCGAGAAGCCGCUGUUCCUCCGUCUGUUGGCCGGACCCGACCUCGACACCCUCAGCUUUGUUCUGAGAGAGCAGAGCGGAGAAGUUAUGUGGGAUGCCUUCUCCAUCCCCGAGCUGCGAAACUUUCUCCUGAUACUUGACAAAGAGGAGCAGGAGCAGAAGGAGGCAAUAAUUCGCCGCUAUGAAACCUGCCGCCAGAAACUGCUGGAGGCCAUCAAGGAGGUCGGGGGGCCUUCGUAGAGGAUUUACCCUCCAUCAAACUGAACUGCUGCUCCUCACGGAGACUGAGGACCUGCUCUAUCUAUUUCCAGUCUCCUCUGAGGAGAAAUGUGGUGAACAUUUUGGUGGAGGGAAGGUCUCGAAUGCCGAGGGAGAGGAAGGAACCAGCAACUGGACAAAAGGGGGAGGUUUGGAUUGAUGGAGGACAGAAAACACAUGAAGGACAAAUGAGAAAAUAAAUGGAUGGACUUUUAGAAUUGCUGCACUCGCCAAAGAUCCACUCAUGUGCCAAAUUAUUUCCUCUCAACCAUCCCUCGUUCUUCUUUUUUUCUGCUGUCACGUAAUUUAUCUUAAUUCCUCUUUAUUUCUUUCACUUUAUUUUAACUUGUGAAAGAGUUGAGGUUGUAUUUCUUUUAUUUA